CAAGAUUGCUUCGUUUCUCUGGAGCUGGGCCAUCUCAGGUGUGAAUAAAAAGGAACUGUCUCCAGUUCAGCCUUGGGCUGGGAGGCUGGCAUGGGUGAUUUUGACUCGAAGACUGAUAGGAUGUGAGGCAUUCGAUGCAUAAAAGAGUAUGGAAUCAAGCUCUGAGACCUUGGCAAGUCACUGCUGUUUCUUUGGCGUCUGUCACUCCUAACACAUGAGGAAUGCACUGGAGCUAUCUGAGGUUGCUUCUAGCAUGUGAUUCUGUGAUUCCAUAAUCAUUGAAAGUGUAUCGUUGGAUGGCCCAGUCGUCAUUCAGAAUCCCAUCCAUCAUGACUGCCAUCUGGCUAAGAGAAUUUAUUGACCGCCACCCCGUGACCCCACCCAGUACAUUCAUUGUUCAUCAAGGAAAGGACGUCCAUGGCUACUACCCUGGGCAGCUGGCAAGAGUCCAUUUUGAUUAUAGUGUCAAGCAAUCUCCCAGAUCUCUCAUAGACUUGGCAAUUCCACCCAAGAGAAGUCAGUAUCAGCCUCAAUUAGACCAACAAACUCUCAUCCGAUAUAUUUGUUUUCAAAGACAUUCAAAGCCUGCCGAACCAUGGUAUAAAGAAACCACUUACCAAAGAGACUACUCUCUGCCAUUUUACAAGAUUGAUUGGAACCAGAAAUUGGCCACAGUUUUAUUGAAUCCUCGACCACUUAAUUCACUACCAGAGCUCUACUGUGGUGACGAGAGGUGGUGUUGA